AUGGUUUCUGGCUCUAACGAUGUCCGUCACAGGAGGGAUGAAAAUUCAGCACGGAGUGAUCGGGGUUGUAAGACGGUGAGUCAACGUCUUCUUCGCACAAUUCAACAGGCAAAAGACCAAGGCAACCCUCCUGCGGUAUCCGGUUCGGCCAAUCUACUAAUCUCUUCGACUCGACUCCUCAAACGAAAUGAAAGGUACGCCAGUACUGGCUGCUUUGUUUAA